CAUCAAAUAAAUCCUGUCUGCGCCGGCCCCUCUGAUCUCCCGUCGUCCUGCUGCUCGCCCUCUCGUCCCUUCUUCAGUGCCCGUCCAAAGCAACUGCGAGCCGCCCUCACAAGCCUCACAAGCAGACCCUCUGCACACCCGGUCCUCCCGUGGCAGGAUAUCCAGCUAGGGUCCACGCAUAUCCAACGUUUCUCGCGACCCGCGUCUAGCCAUGGCACGACCGCGCAAAGACGUCAAAUUCCAGCAUCGGAGUGGCAGCAACGGCAAGACGCGUAGACCCAGCAACAGCAUGUCGGAAAUCAGCGAGAACGGCUCCGAGCCAGGCAGCCCUACGAGGAAUGGAGCUCUCUCGAAAUCAGAUGCACCGGAAGCUCCUCCUCAGUCCGACUAUGAGAAAAAGAAGCAGACCUUUGUCACCCGCACAAUCUGGACGCUUGUUAUGAUUGGCGGUUUCUUCUGGGCACUCCUCGCCGGCCAUAUCUACAUUAUCAUAAUCGUCACUGCCGUGCAGAUAAUAUCCUUCAAGGAGGUUAUCGCCAUAGCGAACGUGCCUAGCCGGGCGCGAAGCUUGCGCUUUACAAAGACCCUGAACUGGUACUUUCUGGGCACCUUUAUGUACUUUCUCUACGGGGAGAGCGUCGUCUACUACUUCAAACAUGUUCUCCUUGUCGAUAAAAUCCUCCUCCCCUUGGCUACCCACCACCGUUUCAUAAGCUUCAUGCUGUAUCUCAUCGGUUUCGUUUUCUUCGUGGGAUCAUUACAGAAAGGCCACUAUAAAUUUCAAUUUACCCAAUUUGCGUGGACACACAUGGCGCUCUUCCUCAUCGUCGGCCAAGCUCACUUCAUAAUUAACAACAUUUUCGAGGGCAUGAUCUGGUUCUUCUUGCCAGUGUCUCUCGUCAUUACCAACGAUAUAUUUGCCUAUCUCUGCGGAAUCACCUUCGGGAGAACACCGCUCAUCAAAAUCUCACCCAAGAAGACCUGGGAAGGCUUCCUUGGCGCUUGGUUCUUCACCAUCCUCUUUGGCAUCGGGUUCACGCAUUAUAUGGCGAAAGACAAGUACUUCAUAUGUCCUGUCAACGAUCUCGGUGCGAACUUCAUGACGGGGUUGAACUGUACCCCGAAUCCGGUUUUCAUCCCCCACACAUAUACAUUUCCUGCGCCGCCACCGUCGUGGACCCAUCUGCCAAGCCAAAUCUCUAUCGCCCCAAUCCAGUUCCACGUUCUCGUAUUUGCAACUUUCGCAUCUCUUAUUGCACCUUUCGGCGGUUUCUUUGCCUCGGGACUCAAGAGGUCAUUCAAGAUCAAGGACUUUGGUGAUUCGAUUCCGGGCCAUGGAGGAAUGACCGACCGCAUGGAUUGCCAAUUCAUCAUGGGUUUCUUCGCCUUCAUGUACUACUCGAGUUUCAUCGCCACACACCAAGCGAGCGUUGGCGGGAUUAUCGAAGCUGCUAUUACGGGCCUCACACCAGAAGAGCAAAUGGAAGUUGUGAAAGGCCUCAGCAAACACCUCGUUAACCAAGAUAUUAUUUCACCCAAGGUUCUUGAGUAUCUUGGCACUCAGCUUCACCGAAGGUGAUCUACCGCAUACCUUCUCAAGUAGUGCUUGCUGUGAGAAUAGGUGGCGCGACUUGCUGCUUUUUAAUAAGGACAAUCAUAUACCUCGUAGGUGAGCUGUUUUGACUUUGUGGUCAACCUGCACUUGACAGGGCCUUUACGCACUUCGCGGUUUUUUUGUAUAUACCCCCUUCGCUUCUCUUCUUGGGUCGUAUAGGUAUUCCCUUUGUAAUUUUGCCCUCGUGUGUGGCUCAUUAGGUGGUGGCUCAGAUGUAAUCAGGAGGAGAUGACCUGUCCACAAGGCGUCUUAGGCGUCAAGUGACAACUUGGAACUAGGAAAAAGUCUUUGAAGCAUCAAUGGGGUUUCUCCUUUAGGGGAGGCGAACCACAACUUCUAAGUACGCCUGCGCGAUACACGAUCUAUCUAAAACCCAGACUUUUAUUACUCACCU